GCCAACACCGACAGGGCCGCCCGAGCGACCGUGGGGGCGUUGCCCAUGUCGGCCAGGCGGCGCAAGCAGGAGGAGCUGUGGGACCUGGCCCCCCAGGAGCCGGAGGCCAUCGUCGUUGGCGACAUGAACCUGCUCAGAGUGUCCACGCACAGCUCGGCGGCGCUGCGCGCAGUGACCGCGUGCCUGGUGCGACGGCUGAGCCGCGACAG